ACCUUUCAUUGAAAAUGGCUAAAGAGAAGGUUCAUAUUAACAUCGUCGUCAUUGGACAUGUCGAUUCUGGCAAAUCAACCACCACUGGUCAUUUGAUCUACAAGUGUGGUGGUAUCGACAAGCGUACCAUUGAAAAGUUCGAGAAGGAAGCCCAAGAAAUGGGAAAAGGUUCCUUCAAGUAUGCAUGGGUUUUGGACAAAUUGAAGGCCGAACGUGAACGUGGUAUCACCAUUGAUAUCGCUUUGUGGAAGUUCGAAACCGCCAAGUACUACGUCACCAUUAUUGACGCUCCUGGACAUCGUGAUUUCAUCAAAAACAUGAUUACUGGUACAUCACAAGCUGAUUGCGCCGUCUUGAUUGUCGCUGCUGGUACAGGUGAAUUCGAAGCUGCAGCUGUUGCUUUCGUCCCAAUCUCUGGAUGGCAUGGAGACAACAUGUUGGAACCAUCAACCAACAUGCCAUGGUUCAAGGGAUGGGCUGUUGAACGUAAAGAAGGCAAAGCUGACGGCAAAUGCUUGAUUGAAGCUUUAGAUGCAAUCUUGCCACCAUCACGUCCCACUGACAAGCCACUUCGUUUACCAUUGCAAGACGUUUACAAGAUUGGCGGUAUCGGAACAGUACCAGUCGGUCGUGUUGAAACUGGAGUCAUCAAACCAGGCAUGGUCGUUGUUUUUGCACCAGUUAAUUUAACUACUGAAGUUAAAUCUGUUGAGAUGCAUCACGAAGCCCUUCAAGAAGCCGUUCCCGGAGACAACGUCGGUUUCAAUGUUAAGAACGUUUCAGUUAAGGAAUUGCGUCGUGGCUAUGUUGCUGGUGACACCAAGAACAAUCCUCCACGUGGUGCCGCUGAUUUCACAGCUCAAGUCAUUGUUUUGAAUCAUCCAGGUCAGAUUUCCAAUGGUUACACUCCAGUCUUGGAUUGUCACACUGCUCACAUUGCUUGCAAGUUCGCUGAAAUUAAAGAGAAAGUUGAUCGUCGUUCAGGAAAAUCUGUAGAAGACAACCCCAAAUCCAUUAAAUCUGGAGAUGCAGCUAUGGUCGUUUUGAUCCCAUCGAAACCACUUUGUGUUGAAUCUUUCUCGGACUUCCCCCCAUUGGGACGUUUCGCUGUUCGAGACAUGAGACAAACAGUUGCUGUUGGUGUCAUCAAGGCCGUUACGUUCAAAGAUGCAUCAGGAGGCAAAACCACCAAGGCCGCUGAGAAAGCCACCAAGGCCAAGAAGUAGCCAUGCAAGCUUGCUACAACUAAACAUUCACAACAUUUUGGUGAUGAAGUUCAACAUCUUCAAAAAAAUUGCAAAACACUCAACAGUUCUUCAUCAUCAAUUAUUUGCAUUCCAGCAUUUGCAAAAACAUUCUACUCUAAUAAGCAAACACAAAAUUUUAUUUCUAAUCGUAAAUGUUAUAACUUCCAUAGAAAAGAAUUUCGAAGAAAAAAACAAGUGGGAUUAAUGAUGAAUCUAACUAUCGUUAAUAUCAUAUUCACUCUUUCAAUUUUCUUUAAAAAUUAUUGAAUCAUUCCCUUAUCACGACACAUUCUUGCAUUUUCUUUGAUAAAUAUUUUUUUAUGUUUGUUUAAUUACUGCUGGAUAAAAGAAAAUAAAAAAACUUGAUUAAAUUGGA